AUGGCCUGCCUCCACGAGACCCGCACACCCUCCCCUUCCUUUGGGGGUUUCGUGUCCACCCUAAGCGAGGCGUCCAUGCGCAAGCUGGACCCAGACACUUCUGACUGCACCCCUGAGAAAGACCUGACGCCUACCCAGUGUGUGCUUCGAGACGUAGUGCCACUGGGUGGGCAGGGCGGGGGUGGCCCCAGCCCCUCCCCAGGUGGAGAGCCACCUCCUGAGCCUUUUGCCAACAGUGUCCUGCAGCUACAUGAGCAGGAUGCAGGAGGCCCAGGGGGAGCCGCUGGGUCCCCUGAGAGUCGGGUGCCCAGAGUUCGCGCAGACGAGGUGCGGCUGCAGUGCCAGAGCGGCAGCGGCUUCCUGGAAGGCCUGUUCGGCUGCCUGCGCCCCGUCUGGACCAUGAUCGGCAAAGCCUACUCCACGGAGCACAAGCAGCAGCAGGAAGACCCUUGGGAGGUCCCCUUUGAGGAAAUCCUGGAUCUGCAGUGGGUGGGCUCCGGGGCCCAGGGUGCUGUCUUCCUGGGGCGUUUCCAUGGGGAAGAGGUGGCUGUGAAGAAGGUACGGGACCUGAAAGAGACUGAUAUCAAGCACCUGCGAAAGCUAAAGCACCCCAACAUCAUCACUUUCAAGGGUGUGUGCACCCAGGCUCCCUGCUACUGUAUCCUCAUGGAGUUCUGCGCCCAGGGCCAGCUGUAUGAGGUACUGCGGGCUGGCCGCCCUGUCACCCCUUCCUUGCUGGUUGACUGGUCCAUGGGCAUCGCUGGUGGCAUGAACUACCUGCACCUGCACAAGAUUAUCCACAGAGACCUCAAGUCCCCCAACAUGCUAAUCACGUACGACGAUGUGGUGAAGAUCUCCGAUUUUGGCACUUCCAAGGAGUUGAGUGACAAGAGCACCAAGAUGUCCUUUGCAGGCACAGUAGCCUGGAUGGCCCCUGAAGUGAUUCGUAACGAGCCUGUGUCUGAGAAGGUCGACAUCUGGUCCUUUGGUGUGGUGCUAUGGGAACUGCUGACUGGUGAGAUUCCCUACAAAGAUGUAGAUUCCUCAGCCAUCAUCUGGGGUGUGGGGAGCAACAGUCUUCAUCUGCCUGUGCCCUCCAGCUGCCCAGAUGGCUUCAAAAUCCUGCUUCGCCAGUGCUGGAACAGCAAACCACGAAAUCGUCCAUCAUUCCGACAGAUCCUGCUACAUCUAGACAUUGCGUCAGCAGAUGUCCUUUCCACACCCCAGGAGACUUACUUUAAGUCCCAGGCAGAGUGGCGUGAAGAGGUAAAGCUGCACUUUGAAAAAAUUAAGUCAGAAGGGACAUGUCUGCACCGCCUCGAAGAGGAGCUGGUGAUGCGGAGGAGGGAGGAGCUCAGACACGCCUUGGACAUCAGGGAACACUAUGAACGGAAGCUGGAGAGAGCCAACAACCUGUACAUGGAACUCAAUGCCCUUAUGUUGCAAUUGGAGCUUAAGGAGCGGGAGCUCCUCAGGAGGGAACAAGCUUUAGAGCGGAGGUGCCCAGGUCUGCUGAAGUCACACCCUUCGCGGGGCCUCCUGCACGGGAACACAAUGGAGAAGCUUAUCAAGAAGAGGAAUGUUCCACAGAAGCUGUCACCCCACAGCAAAAGGCCAGAUAUCCUCAAGACUGAGUCUUUGCUACCAAAACUAGAUGCAGCCCUGAGUGGGGUGGGUCUUCCUGGGUGUCCUAAGGGUCCCCCCUCACCAGGACGGAAUCGCCGUGGCAAGACCCGUCAUCGCAAAGCCAGUGCCAAGGGCAGCUGUGGGGACCUGCCUGGGCUUCGUGCAGCUGUGCCACCCCAUGAACCUGGGGGACCAGGAAGCCCAGGGGUGCUAGGAGGGGGACCCUCCGCCUGGGAAGCCUGCCCUCCAGCCCUCCGUGGGCUCCAUCACGACCUCCUGCUGCGAAAGAUGUCCUCUUCAUCCCCAGAUCUGCUGUCAGCAGCACUGGGAGCCCGGGCCCGGGGGGCCUCAGGGGAAACGGGGGAUCCUGGCUCACCACCUCCCGCCCGGGGUGACACCCCUCCAAGUGAGGGCUCAGCACCCGGCUCCACCAGCCCAGAUUCACCUGGGGGAGCCAAAGGGGAGCCACCUCCACCAGUAGGGCCUGGUGAUGGCGCGGGGCUGCUGGGAACUGGAAGGGAAGGGACGGCGGGACGGGGAGGAAGCCGGGCUGGGUCCCAGCACUUGACCCCAGCUGCACUGCUGUACAGGGCUGCUGUCACCAGAAGUCAGAAACGUGGCAUAUCAUCCGAGGAAGAGGAAGGAGAAGUAGACAGUGAAGUAGAGCUGACAUCAAGCCAGAGGUGGCCUCAGGGCCUGAACAUGCGCCAGUCACUUUCUGCCUUCAGCUCAGAGAAUCCAUCAGAUGGGGAGGAAGGCACAGCUAGUGAGCCAUCCCCCAGUGGCACACCUGAUGUUGGCAGUACCAACACUGAUGAGCGGCCAGAUGAACGGUCUGAUGACAUGUGCUCCCAGGGAUCAGAAAUCCCACUAGACCAACCUGCUACAGAGGUGGUUGCAGGCCCUGCACCCUCCUUGCCCAUCCAGCACCAUGACCUACUCAAGGGGGAGCAGGGCCCUCCCAAUCCCGAGGACUCGGACUGUGACAGCACUGAACUGGACAACCCCAACAGUGGUGACGCCUUGCAGCCCCCAGCCUCCCUCCCUCCAUGA